AGGUGGUUUUUGCCUUUGUUGAAAAAGAGUAAAUGCGCUAAAUGGGAGAUAGAAACACUUUUCCCGAAUAAGUUCUGACGUACCGAACUUGUAACUCACGUCUGAGCAGCUGUUUCUUCUGUCGGCCUCUUGCCCGGUUGUGCGGAGUUCUGCAUAUCUGCGAUAAUUCCAUGCACCUCACAGCUGGUAACGCUCAUUUGUGCUAAGAAAAGAGGUGGAUGCAAAUCUCGGCAGGUAACCUUCAUCAUUCAUUCUGCCAAAUUAUGCAUUCACCUCUUAAAGGUCCUUUUCAGAUACUUUGCUCCGCACACUGAUCAAACAGUGUUCUCAAUGAAUGCUACUUCUACUGAGUGUAAUAAAAUAUUAACGACUCUAAACGUUCAUAGAAUAGGCUAUAUACUUAGAAUCAUUUAUCCCCAUUGAACCCCAAAAAGGAUAUUAUAGCAUUUAAAAGCAUUAUUUGGAGUUGCAUGCAAUUCUCGGGAGGCAUGCAAAACACCGGAUAUUCCCAUAACGUGCAGAGACAUGGCUGGUAAGAGUUUGCCUGCUUGAAACACAUUUCUGAGGACCUCUCUCCAUCUUUCUAAGAUGACCAUGAGGUUCAAGCAACUGGUUUUGUUUCUGGUUUGGAACGUCUUGUUUAUUACAGCCAUGUGUAACGUCAACUACUGACGUAACGACGCUUGCCUUAGCCUUGUUUAUUCACUCUAAGCAAGCUGAUGGGAACGCACAUAUUUCUUUUUUUUUCCUUUUUUGCGACAUUUCAAAAGUACGCUUAAAAUUUUCAUGACAAUUGGAUGGAAACAUGGCUAUAGAUUGAUUGAUUAAAGUUAUCAACAGUAAUGCGUCACAUUACUGCGUUACAGACAAAAGUAAUCUGAUUACAGUAACGUAUUACUUUGUAACGCGUUACCCCCAACACUGGUUGAGAAAGUUGGAGUGGAGUGUUUUGGUACUGGCUGGCACAAAAGCAUGGGCUAAGGACAUGUUGAACAAGUCCGUCAGGACCUCCAGCUCCUCAGCACAUACUCUGAGCACAUGUCCAGAGAUGCAAUCAGGGCCUGCAGCCUUGUGAGCGUUGAUCCUGCUCAACACUGCCCUGACAUCAGUGGGGGGGAGAGUGUUAAGGGUUGGUGGUCAGAAGUCAGCACUACCUUGGUUGAAGGUACUUCGUUGUCCUUCUCAAAACGAGCGUAGAAUUUGUUAAGCUCGUUGAGGAAGGAGAGGAUAUCAGAGGAAAGGAGGGAGGGGUUGGUGGGCUUGUGAUCACUGAUGACCUGAAUGCCUUGCCACAUACGUUGGGUGUUGGAGUUGAAGUGCUUCUCAACCUUCAGCUUGUAGCGGUGCCUGCCUUCUUGAUGCCCGCUUCAGGUCAUCUCUGGCUGUACUGUAGGGUUGUGCAUCUCCCGUUUUAAAGUCAGUGUUUAGGGCCUUCAGCAGGAGACGUACAUCCCUGUUCAUCCAGGGCUUCUGAUGUGGAUCUGAUUUGUUUCAAGGCAACCAUAGAAAAAAUUGGUCAUGUGACCUAAGCCCUAAGCCCUGAACCCUCACAGACUUACUGACGUCACAAAGUGACUGAGUUUAAGAGGCUGCAAGGGCUCUAAAUGCUGUAAAGAGGAACGGGACAGCCCUUUGCCACUUUAUCACGUUACCUUGACGACGCUGAAACACAUUGCACACGUUUUAUUUUAUGUUUUUGCCUGAUUUUUAAGUCCUGCAGGCUCUUGCCCUACAGAGUGGAGCAGAGGUAAAUGUAAAUAUGUAUUUGUCAAUAAUCAAUACACUAUUGUUAGUCAAACAGCAUUAUUAAGCAAAAACUAAAAUAAAUAGUUGAAUAAACUAAGUGUGUAAUAAGGUGAUUGCAUUCCUCUGACUUCAUCUGUUCUAUGUACCAUCCUAAGUUAAGAAAACUUUCAACAAUUUUAACAUCAGCUUAGGUGUUGAUGCUUGUUUGAUUACUGUUUUCUUCUUCUCUUAUAACGCGGAUUUGCUGUGAAAUUUCUUUCGCUUCUGGGCUUCCCCUGGUAACCCCCGUGUUUCAUGUCAUACCGCUAUGAACUGUGGGCAAUUCCCUCAGCCAAAGUCUGCAGAAAUGCGGACUUACGAAAAGGAUCUGUAAAGGGCUAAAAAUGUCCACGAGACGAUACUUGACGACAACUGACCAACGGCAGCAGACCAGUACUUGACAUGUUGUUUGGCUUAAAUGACACUGAGACUUAGUUUUCUUAGCUUCAGCCUUGUUUUAACUCUUUUGUCUAUUUCCUUAAAUGCAUUAAUAAACUUGGAGGCUAUAUUUUGCACAGCUUGCUGGUGUUGCCCACUUAUUUUUAACCACUGGUUGGUCAAUUUCUGAACCAAAGAGGGGUGUUACAAGUUCAGAAUCAGUAGGCAAGAGGAUUGGAAGGGCGCAGGAAGCAAAUCCUACCCAAUUUCAUCACAUAGCUGAAUAGUGGCUGUUCCAAGGGAUCAAGAAAGCAGGCAUGUGGUUAAUUUUACGUGGGGUUACGACCCGUUCACAAAUAGGUUAAAAGUGAUUAAUUUAGAUGAAUUGAUGAUUUCAUAAAAACAUCUACAAAUAGCUCCUUAUUUUAAAUUGGUUUGUAUCAGCCUCUUCUAGCAUUUCCUUUUGGAUCUGACAAAGGCCACUUUUGCUGAUAAAUAACAUCCAGCUCCCUCUAGGUUUAGGACAGUACUCUGGAUUUCUGAAUCAUUACUGCAGUAUGAGAUGUAUUAUCCAACUAAUCUGCACAUUACUUUUUCUUCUGGCUAUUUUCCCCCUAAAAUAAUGGUAUAGAUCACAAUUGUCAUGUUAACAAUCAUUACAAACAUUUCUAACCUGAUUCUAGUAUUUUAGAGAGAUUCACAAUGUAAUUGAUUUUAAAAGAAAAAGACCAUUAGAGAACAUUAAAGCGAUUACUAAAUAUAUAUAAUAUGGUUUGGGGCUUGUAUAUGCCAAAAUACCUGCUAAUGUAGCACAGAUGUGGCACAAUUAUUUUGAAAUGUGGAUUAUGUCCAUCCCCCACUGCUGCCCAUGCCUCGAUGGGUGGUGUGAAUGAUUAAACAAUGACGCAAAGGGAUGACAUAGCCUUGCAUAUAAAAUUAAGAAUUUGUCCAUGAAGAUUAGAUACAGGGGUGAAGGGAGGAGGAUAGUUAUGGGCAGAUUUAUUAUCAAAUAUUUGUUAUUGUGUGUUUAUUUGUUCUUAAUUUAUUCCUCUCUUUUCUUCUCUGAGUCUUCCCCUCUUUCCCCAUCUUGUAAGUUACGGAGGCGGUUUAACCUUAAUGGGAUGCACAAGGCUGGCGAUGUAAUCCUUGGUGGGCUGUUUGAAGUCCACUAUAGCUUUAUCUUCCCAGAGCUGACGUUCACCUCAGAGCCACAUCAGCCCAACUGCCAAGGUUUUGACACUCCAGGGUUCAGGCAUGCCAUGACCAUGGCCUUUGCUGUUGAUGAGAUCAACAAGAACACCAAUCUGCUACCUAAUGUGACUCUGGGAUACAUUCUUUAUGAUAACUGUGCUACACUUGGUAUUGGGUUCAGUGCUGCGUUGUCAUUGGCCAGUGGUCAAGAGGAGCAGUUUCUGCUUCAGGAGAACUGUUUAGGAAACCCUCCAGUUGUGGGGAUUGUGGGCGAUCCCAUCUCAACCCUUUCUAUUGCCAUCUCCAGUGUGCUAGGUUUAUUCAAACUGCCUAUUGUGAGUUAUUUUGCUACAUGUUCCUGCCUGAGUGAUCGGCAAAGGUUUCCAUCCUUUUUCAGAACAAUCCCAAGUGAUGCUUUCCAGGUGCGCGCUAUGAUUCACAUUCUAAAACACUUUGGCUGGACCUGGGCAGGUCUGCUGGUCAGUGAUGAUGACUAUGGACUUCAUGUUUCCAGAUCCUUUCAAUAUGACUUGGCUAGGUCUGGUGGAGGUUGCCUGGCCUACUCAGAGAUUUUGCCUUGGGGCAAUGAUCCAAAUGAAUAUAAGAGGAUUGUGGGUGUGAUGACAAAAUCCACAGCUCGUGUGGUCAUUGUGUUUGCACUUAAGAUGCACAUGAUUCAACUCAUGGAAGAGGUGGUGAAGCAGAAUGUGACAGGCCUGCAGUGGAUUGCCAGUGAAGCUUGGACAUUAGUUGAUGGACUCCAUACCCCUGCCUUCAUGCCAUACCUGGGUGGCACACUGGGCAUUGCUAUCCAUCGUGGAAAAAUACCAGGGCUCAGGGACUUCCUUUUAAGAAUUAAUCCUCACCAACAACAAAACAACAGCUAUGAAAAUAGCAUGGAGAAGCAGUUUUGGGAAUACACAUUUCAUUGUAGAUCUUCACCACCUCCGGCAGGUUGGGUGGAAGCUGGAGGAGCAUUAUGCACUGGACAGGAAGAUCUAGAGAAUGUGGAGACUGAGUUUUUGAAUGUGUCAGAACUCGGACCUGAGUACAACAUUUACAAGGCUGUGUAUGCUCUGGCAUAUGCCCUCGAUGACAUGCUGCAGUGUGAGCCAGGUAGAGGGCCUUUCAGCGGGCACAGCUGUGCCAGUUUGCAAAGACUGGAGCCAUGGCAGCUUAUGUAUUACUUGGAAAAGGUAAACUUUACAACACCAUUUGGUGAUCAAGUGUCAUUUGAUGAGAAUGGUGACGCCUUACCAAUAUAUGAUGUAAUGAACUGGCUGUGGCUCCCUGAUGGAAGAACUGAGGUUCAGAGUGUGGGUGUGGUUAAAAAGUCAGCGUACAACGGUGAAGAACUCACUCUUGAUGAAGACAAAAUCUUCUGGAACUUUGACUCCAAACAGCCACCCAGGUCAGUUUGCAGCGAGGGCUGCCCCCCAGGUACCCGCAUGGCUAGGAAGAGGGGACAACCUGUAUGCUGUUUUGACUGCAUUCCUUGUUCUGAGGGCAUGAUCAGCAAUGAAACUGAUUCCAUGGAGUGCAUCAGUUGUCCAGAGGACUUCUGGUCCAGCCCCCAGCAUGAUCACUGUGUUCCUAAGAAAACAGAGUUCCUCUCCUACCAUGAGCCUCUAGGGAUCUGCUUGACAACCGCCUCAUUGCUGGGCACACUUAUCUGUGCUGCUGUCCUGGUCAUCUUCACCUACCAUCGCAGCACACCCAUGGUUCGCGCCAACAAUUCAGAACUGAGUUUCCUGCUCUUGGUGUCACUUAAACUAUGUUUCCUUUGCUCACUGCUGUUUAUUGGACGUCCCAGGCUGUGGACAUGCCAGCUGAGACACGCAGCAUUUGGGAUCAGCUUUGUGCUUUGUGUUUCAUGUAUUCUGGUGAAAACUAUGGUGGUUCUGGCUGUGUUCAAGGCCUCCAAGCCAGGAGGUGGAACCAGUCUGAAGUGGUUUGGUGCUAUGCAGCAGAGAGGGACAGUUAUGUUUCUUACUUUUAUCCAGGCAGCAAUUUGCACUGCCUGGCUUGUUUCUUCCUCACCAGCUCCUCAUAAAAACACUCAAUACCACAAUGACAAGAUAGUUUAUGAGUGUGUUGUAGGUUCCACAGUUGGUUUUGCAGUGUUACUGGGUUACAUUGGCUUACUGGCUAUCCUUAGCUUCCUGUUAGCAUUUCUGGCAAGAAAUCUUCCAGACAACUUCAAUGAAGCCAAACUUAUCACUUUCAGCAUGCUGAUCUUCUGUGCUGUGUGGGUGGCCUUUGUCCCAGCUUAUGUAAACUCUCCAGGCAAAUAUGCAGAUGCAGUGGAGGUAUUUGCCAUCCUGGCCUCCAGUUUUGGUCUCUUAGUGGCACUGUUUGGACCCAAAUGUUACAUAAUCCUGAUGAGACCAGAGAGGAACACAAAGAAAGCUAUAAUGGGUCGAGGCACCAAGUUAUAAAAUAACCGCAACAUGGUCAACUACUGUGAGCCAAUAUGUAUUUUAUAUUCAUUCAGUAGAGAUAUUCCCUUUAAGGGUUACUUGUGUAUUUUUAAACCUGUUUUCUCUUUCAUUGUGUAUCAGCAGAACACGGUUGCAAUGUAAUCUUUGUGGGCAAAUGUGCACCCCAAAGAGCUUUUUUUUGCCACCGUCAGGCUGACAACAUUAUGGAAAGGAUUCCUACAGGGAUAGACCUUUUCUUUUAUAUUUUUUUUGUUUAAACAGAAACAGCUGCUACAUCGCUCUGUUCAAAGCCACCAGACUCCUUGACAAAAACUGUUAAUAUUACCUCAAGCGGUACACCUGCAACUCCUAUGUUCUGCAAGCUAAAAUAUUUUUUUUUGGUAAGGGAGUCUGGUGGUGUUGAACAAAGUAAUUUAGCUAUUGUUUCUGGUUAAACAAAAAUCUCUGUAGGGAUCCUUUCCAUAAUGUUGUGAGACAUGUGUGACAUGCAUUGGCGGUAUGCAAUUGCCUGCAAGGAUUUCAUUGCAGCCAACUGCAGCUUUACUUGCUCAGUACCUAACUAUUUUUAAAAAAUGUUGUCUGCAUUAUACACUUAGGCACAAAAAUAUCCAUGUUGAAAAAUAAGUUACACUUUAAAAUGUCCAAAAAGUGUAAAGUGUUUCUUUAAAUUCAGAAAUGUUCUCAUUGUGAAGAGUAAAUGUAGAAGAAGCU